UCUGAAAGCUAUAGUGCCUUAGCACAUGCAUGUGUGUUCUUAUCAGUUAUCAUAUCAUUAUCAUGCUGUAAUUGCUGUAAUAUUGCUGUAUGUAUGUCUAUUUUCAUUUUUUUCACUUCUUUUUUCUGCAAAAUGUUUUUAAAAUGCAGGUGUUAAUCUGUUCCCUAUGUUGUAAAUCAUUCGCCCAUCAUAGCAGCUUAAGUCGUCACAAGAAACAGGCUCAUAGAACCGAAAAUGAGAAGAAAAGGUUUAUUUGUGACCGUUGUGGAUUCGACUGUACCAACAAAAAAGUCCUCAUUCGACACAUGAAGAAUGAUCAUUUACCUAAACGGAAAAAUUCUGUACGUAGAUCUAGAUUAAAAUGUCCGAAUUGUGAUACUCGUCUUACAAGCUAUGCACUACUAGAUCAACAUUUAACCAACGUUCACGAAAUCAAUAUCGAAGAAAAACAUUUAGAAUUUGAGAAUGAAGGAGAAUUUUGUAUCUGGAAAAGGAACAUCGAAAAAACGUGUAACACUCGGUAUAUCGCAGAAAGAGGUUUACGCAAGUACAAAACUCACUCUCAGCGUGAAUUCAUAUGUCAGCGUUCGUACGACGCUAUUUUGAAAUCAGUUGGUCGCAGAAGAUCGAUUAAAAGGUCGGGUUCGAGUAAAAUUAAUUCGUGCUGCCCAUCUAGAAUGAUUGUAAAAAUAAGCGAGAAAAUUUCGGUUAAAUUUAUUCGUCAACAUGUUGGGCACGCUGCUGAAAUAAUUAGAAUGAGAAUACCUUCUGAUCAACCGGAUCAAUGCGAUGAAAUCGCAGGAAAAUCAAAAGAUGGUGUUUCAAUUCAACAAGACUCAGAGACUAUUGCCACACUACGUUUUCCUUUCCAUGAGGAAGACAAACAUGAAAAAAUCAAAAUCGAAGUGCAAUCCAAACUCCGUCUUGCAUUAACUUGGUCCAAUGAUUUGCCUAUAGAACAUUUGGAAAAUUUGUCUAGAACUCUCGAUACUGUGUUCCAAAAAUUUGGAUUCAGUCGAAAAGGAGAAAAAAAUAAAACAAACGACAGCCUGCAGCGAAUAGAAAAUCAUCUCCACAAUGGAAAUAUGCGCAGUGGCCAAGAAAAACUACCUAAAAACGUAUUCCCCUGAUGGAAAGACCAUCAAAUAGUGCAAAUGAAAGUGCCUUGGCUCUUUUAACCAGUGCUGAAAUACCAAAUAUUAUUGGAACGCAAGCUUUUCACUCAUACGUUUGAAGUUGAAUCUUGAUCUCGCCUCAAAAAAUUGACUGUUUUUCAAGUUGACCUUUUUUUAAUACGUACGAAGUGUUUUUAUACAUUUUUGUUAUUAUAAAAUUAAUUUUCAUUACCUACAUACAAAAUUUGUUUUGUAGUUUUUACAUUAUUAUUACAUUUUACUAAGUGUUUUCUCCUA